AAAUACUUGACUAUAUAAUGAAACCUCGUGAGACUGGGUAGCUACAGUGCCUUACAACCCCACGGCCAAUGGCAUGAAACAGAGGAGUUUAUGUGUGUUCAAGGUGUGUAUCUCUCUCACUUAAUCUUGCGCUAAUGGAGAGCAACAGGUGCGCGGACGGAUCCGCAAUGAAUCUGGUCCCAAACGGAUAUGUUGCGGAUCUGGUCGGGAUGCAUCAACUGUCUGGGGUGAAUCCAGGCGUCGGUGACCCGUCCACCAAACACCCGCACCGGGCAGCUCUGAUUCUGGCACGCGGUGGCAGUAAAGGAAUACCGCUGAAGAACAUUAAGGUUCUUGCUGGAGUUCCUCUCAUCGGAUGGGUCGUGAGAGCUGCACUGGAUUCAGAUGUCAUUGACAGUGUUUGGGUGUCUACUGAUCAUGAUGAGAUUGAACAAGUUGCUCGAACCUGUGGUGCAAAAGUUCAUCGGCGCACUCCUGAAGUUUCCAAAGACUCCUCCAGCUCACUGGAGACCAUCAAAGAGUUCAUCCAGCACAGACCUGAGGUGGACAUUGUUUGUCAUAUUCAGGCAACUUCUCCAUGUCUGCACCCAUAUCAUAUCACUGGAGCUCUGCAGAUGAUCACUGAACAUGGUUAUGACUGUGUGUUCUCAGUAGUGCGCAGACAUAAUUUUCGCUGGACUGAGGUGAACAAUAAAGAGGGUGAACGCACAGAGCCUCUGAACAUCGACCCAGCAUACAGACCACGACGUCAAGACUGGCCCGGGGAGCUCUAUGAAAACGGAUCUUUCUAUUUUUACACGAGAGAAGCUGUGGAAAAGAGCCUUAAGGAGGUGGGUAAGUGGGGCUACUAUGAGAUGCUCCCAGAAUACAGUGUUGAUAUUGAUGUGGAUAUAGAUUGGCCGGUGGCUGAGCAGAGAAUUUUGAGGUUCGGAUAUUUUGGAGAAAAAAAGAAAACAGAGAUCAGGUUGUUUCUGUGCAGUGUAUCUGGCUGUCUGACAAAUGGUCAGAUAUACGUGUCUGUUUCAGGAGAGCAGUUUGUUGCCAUCAAUGGUCGAGACCUGGCAGGCAUUCGAAUGCUACAGAGGGAAGACAUUGAGGUGAUUCUUAUAUCUAAUGUGAAUGAGAUGGUGUCCAAAGAUUUGCUGAAGACCAUUUCUAAGCAGACAGGCUGUCACAUUAGACUCGUGAUGGAGAAGAAAGAUCUGGAGUGUCUGAUGAAAGAGAAAAACAUGCAGAAAGAUGAGGUGGCCUUCAUGGGUGCAGAAUGUGAAGAUGUGGAGAUCAUGACGCAGGUGGGGCUGAAUGCUGUACCUCCUGAUGCACCCGUGUCACGUCUCAUUGCAGCUGACUUCACCUGUCAGAGACCAGCGGGUCAUGGGGCGGUUUUUGAGCUUGCUCAGUACAUCCUGCAGAUGAAGAAAAAAACACAAGUCGCAGAUGAGCAUGAAGACAUCAACAACAUUUAGACUGUCAUCGUUACAGGAGUACCAAUACAUUUAUUUUAAACACAACCAUUUGCAGCAUUUAAGCAUAAAUAUACACUAAAUGAUUAAGAUAUCCAAUUUAAAUUGUGAAAGAUAAAAACAAAAACACAUGGACACGUUAAUCAUAUGGUCAUAAUGGUGAUAAAAGCUACAGCCCUUGUUUCUCAGUCUAUUUGUGUGUUAUUAUAAUGUCUUAUACAAUCUACCAGACGGAAGUUGUUAAAAUAAAUAAUGUCCCGUUUAAGUUCUCUCUGUUCGGUAAUCAGUAUAUCCAUUAAAAACAUACACCAGCUGAUCUCAGGGAUCUCAAUUGCAACUAUAUGUCUUAUUUACUAUAUCUAUACUUAUAUCUUGUAAUUCAAGCAUGUAACUUUUUGAAUCAGAACUUUUAAUAAACCAUUCUAUCUA